GGGAAGGAGUUAACUAUUCACAAACGAGAUGGGAUGCAAGGAAAUGGGCCGAUAGUUUUGGAUAAUCUUAAAAAGAGGAAAUAUCAGAAAACACUGCCUUCGGAUGAGCUUGACAAAAAGAGAGGGAACCCCAUUAUUCAUGAUCAGGAAGCAUAUCAAUGUCUAAAGUCAACUGCGAUCCAGUUCUUUACAAAAACGUUUAAUGGCAUAAAAAACUUCGAAUCUGGGCAUGAUCAUCCUCAACAUUUUGUCCAUUUUUCCUAUAUUGUGUGGUUCUUCCUUGAAUUUCGAAAUCUUUUACAGUAUAAUACAUCGUCGACAAUAGCAUAUGAACCGGAACUUGAAGAGCUUACAAACUUAUAUUAUAGUUUUGACCUUGUCCGUGCUAUUAUGAACUAUGAAGGAUUCUUAUUGGUAUUCGAAAAGAUCUCUUUUUUUAGAAAUAACAAGGUUCCAAUGGUCGGACUUGCAUUUUGGGUUGGACUGUUUGAGACAAAUGGCAAAUAUUUUCUCUAUUUAAGCGCGAUGAAGAGAUUUGAUGAUAAACCUAUUCGUUACAAAGCAGAAUAUAUAAUUAACCAAAUUUACCAAGAAAAUGAUUAUUUGAGAAUGAUGAUGUUGCUUGUUAAAGAAUUUAAAGAUCAAUCAUUUGGGUACCUUCAAAGUUUAAUUGCAACCAUCCAUGUUCUUUUGGAAAGGCUUGAAAGUUGCUCAGAAACUACCUUCGUAAUUGAAGAAGGUUCAAGAACAAGGCCGAGAAUGAGUUCUAAAAUGGAGGAAGAAGGCCCAAAUACAGAUGAUGAUUAUGAAGAGAUAGAAUAUGUUAAAAAAAAAAGAGAAAAUUUAAUAGCCCAUCGAGGCGCUUUUAAAGAUUAUCAGGAGAGUUUUGUUAAUGAAUCCAUAAUCUCAACGUAUUGCUCUUUGCUAGAGUAUUAUGAGAGAAUUGACUCUGAAAGCUUCUAUCACAUAACCACUGCAUUUCAUCGAAUUAUUGUUCGUUGUUCAACGGAUGCUAUUGCUAUCUUCUUUAAGCUUUCCAUUUUAGAACUUCUGAACCGUAUAUCGAUUUAUUUUGAAGGACUGCAAACAUUGACAACAUCGCAAAGUGAAUUUAAAGAUUUUAUUAGGCUUGUUUCAGAAAGUUUUUUUAAUUACGCUGAAAAGAACGAUUUGAUGUAUUGCGAGGUUUUCUGUCCAAAAACAAAACGUAAUUUGGCAUGUUUGGAAACUGGUUAUAAAUGUUUGAAAGAUGAUUAUAACCGCAGCGACGAUGAUGUAUCAGUUAAUGAAAAGGAUUU